AUGGUUAAAAUCAACACCAUUAAUAGAUCUGCAGAUGAUUAUGUCCCAAUUAAAUCCACUCAAGAAUCAGCGUUACCAAGGAACUUGAAUCCGGAAUUGCAUGCGUUUGAAAGAGCUAGAGAAUAUACUAAGGCAUUACAAGCAACAAAGUUGGAAAGAAUGUUUGCAAAACCAUUUAUUGGACAACUAGGGUAUGGUCAUAGAGAUGGUGUUUAUCACAUCGCCAAAAACUAUCAUAUUUUAAAUCAAAUAAGCACUGGGGAUGGCGAAGGUAUAAUCAAGUUUUGGAAUUUAAAUGAUAGAACUGAAAAGUUAAGUUAUAAAGCACAUUAUGGACUGGUUACUGGGUUAAGUAUGACCCCACAAUUGUUAGGGAGCGCUGCAGGAAUGUUAAUUUCUUGUGGUGAUGAUAAAACAAUUAAGUUAUGGGAUGUAGAUAGUUUAAACAAUGGUUUAACCAGUAGCAAGUUUUCAGAGAAAGUUGAAAAGGACACACGUAAUGAAAUUGGACUAGUUAAAACGUUUUAUGGGGAAACAGCUUUCCAAAGCUUAGAUUGUCAUAGGGACAAAGCACAAUUUAUUACUGGUGGACCAACGAUUCAAUUAUGGGAUUGUAAUAGAUCCAAGCCGCUAAGUGAUUUAAGUUGGGGUUGUGACACAGUAACGCAUGUAAAAUUCAACCAAGUGGAAAAAGAUAUAUUGUGUAGUACAGGUACAGAUAAUAGCAUUGUGUUGUAUGAUUUAAGGACAAAUUCACCAACGCAAAAAUUGGUGCAAACGAUGAGGACGAAUGCCAUCUGUUGGAAUCCUAUGGAAGCGUUUAAUUUUGUAGUUGCCAAUGAAGACCAUAAUUGUUAUUAUUAUGAUAUGAGAAAAUUAUCCAGAGCUUUAAACGUUUUCAAGGAUCAUGUUAGUGCCGUCAUGGACGUUGAUUUUUCUCCCACUGGUGAAGAAAUAGUGACUGGGUCAUAUGAUAAGACAAUUAGGAUUUACAAUGUCAGACAAGGACACUCAAGAGAUGUUUAUCACACAAAAAGAAUGCAAAGAGUUUUUCAAGUUAAAUAUACAAUGGACAGCAAGUAUAUCGUUAGUGGUAGUGAUGAUGGAAACGUAAGAUUGUGGAGAGGUGUUUCUUGGGAAAGAUCCAACGUGAAGACCAGUAAGGAAAAGAGUAAACUAGAAUACGAUGAAAAAUUGAAGGAGAAGUUCAAGUACAUGCCUGAAAUUAGAAGAAUCGGUAGGCACAGACAUGUUCCUAAGGUUAUAAAGAAGGCUGGUGAAAUUAAGAAAGUUGAACUUGACAGUUUGAGGAGGAGGGAAAUGAAUGAAAGGAAAACACGUAAAGAUAUGGCAUUUGUGCCUGAAAGAAAAAAGCAAAUUGUUGGCCAAGUUUUCAAAUAUGAAAAUGAAGAUACUGAUAGAAAGUACAAAGAAGAAAAAGAUGAGCUUGAAGAUUGA